UGCUCGAACUAGCGGGUCAACUGUGAUAUACUCAAGGAUCCAGCCCCGGUUCGGAGAGAAAGAGGGGAAAUGGAGGAGAAGGGGAAAGUUGGGAGUGAGAGAUGGAGCGCUGCGAUCGGAAAUCUAUCGGAGAUGACGUCCAAUCUGAACUCACUCCAAAAGCUACUUGUGAAGAAAGCAGUGUUCGUCGACGACGACACUUUUGCCAAAGUUUCUCUCACCUCCGAACAAGCCCGCACUAUUAAGGUUCUUGAACAAAGAGUUCAGACUUUAGAGCGAGAAUUAGAUAAUGCUAUUUCUGCUGCUGCUCAUGCACGGACUGAGAAAAGACAGGUUGAGGUGGCUCAGAAAGCUGCUGAACUACGUGCCCAAGAGGUUACAAAAGAGCUUGAAAAUACCACAAGAGUAUUUGAGCUGCACAUGGAAGAGCUGCGUGCAAAGCAAGAAGAGAUAUCCAAGCGAGACAAGGAAAUUAAACUUUUAGAGGCCAUUAUUCAGACACUUGGAGGCAAAGGCUCCAAUUCUUCCGAUGAAUGAGUAAGGAGGAGAGUCUAUGAUGAUCGUAAUUACCAUGUCAUCUUGUACCAUUUCGUUGUAUAUUAAACAAAAUUUUGUUUUCUAAUGCUGUACCUGAAAGUAGGAUAUUCAGUAAUUCUGCUGUGGCCAACUUUUAUGUUCUGCUUCUUUUCUUCAUUCAAUGGUACAAUAGCAGUACCACAACUAACAACCAAAUAUAUCUUAGAUAUCAGUUACAAC